AUGGCGAUGCAGAGUGGAGGGGGACGGAAUGAUGGAGGUGUCGAGAGCAAAAAUCUGACGACCCUGUCGGCAGGGCUGUUCCAUGUCACCAGCAUUCCCUUUGACAUGCUCCUGGCUUCACAGUGUCGGCGACAGAUUUUCUUGGACUAUCUAUUAGCAUUCUUUUUACGAGUGGAACAUUUCUACUUCGCCACGGUGGAUUUUCUGUCAGAAGUUGGUGGAGAUUUUCGGAAAACCUGCCUGAAGAUGCGGCUUCCCCGCGUGGAGUUUGACAUGGAAGAAAUGGUGCAGUUGGUAGGGUUCAGUAUGGUUUGCCAUCAUGCAGAGUGCAAAGAGAAGAACAACAAGCACCCGCUGAACCUGUGUGACCAGUGUGACAACGGGCUGCACUCUGGACAGCACUUUGACGGCCACCUCAGAUUCGACCUCCCACCACAAGGUACAGGAUUGGCCAGAAAUGUGUCAACGCGGUCCUGUCCACCAGGUGGAGUGGGGUCUGAUCAAGAAGAAGAGGAACAAGACAACGAAGCUGAAAGAACAACCUCGUCAUAUGGACCACAGAAAGACUUCAAGCUCAGUAAAAAGAAGACAGCCAGAAGACAUCACACUGAUGAUCCCAGCCGAGAAUUCUUCACUGUGAAAUUCGACAUCGCAGACUACGAAACAGAAAUUGUUCCAGCAGUAAAAGGAAAAACCCUGAGGGAUGCGCUGGCAGGUAUGAUGGACAGACGGGGCCUCACCAUUGAUCAUGUCAACAUCUACCUGGACCAGUCCAGCACCCCCCUCCCCCUGCACUUCGAGACAUAUCCACUAGGGGGACACAGUCUUCAUGUUAAAGGAAAGGAGCCCUUGAAGGAUUCGGACACAGUCCUAACGAAGACGGGGCUUCACACUGCCAAGGGCAACGUCAUGACGGCAAAACUCAAGACUCUCAGCCAAUCAAAAGAAGACCCAACGGGCAGCAGAAGAUCAUCAGGGAGCCAGAGAAGUAGGAAGAACAUCAUGUCUAUUCUGGGGUCGUCCCAAGACGUGGGGCCUCUGAGUCCGAGGGAGGGCUCGGACCGUAGCAGAACUGGGGGCAGGUUUAGCGCACUCUUCAACCCAGGAGCUCCCGUUGCAAAUGAAAAAAGCGAAAUGUUGGCGGAGAAGUUAAGCAUGUACGCUGUGUACGGACUUCCCAAGCUGCCCUCCCUCAUCUGGUUCUACAACAGAGACGAGGAUGAGUCCAUCUAUGAACUGGAAAGCUCAUGGACAGAGAUAGUUGAAGACAAAAGCACCAUGACUAAGAAACAGAUGGGACAACAGGAGGCCCUGUGGGAGCUGGUGUCGACUGAAGUGUCCUACAUCAAAGGCAUUCGAGUAGUCGUUGAUUUGUUCAUGUGUUGCCUGAUCAACCUCCAGAAUGAAGCACUUCUUUGUGAGAUUGACACAGAGAAGCUGUUCAGUAACAUCCAGGAAGUGGAGCAGUGCAACAGUGCGUUUUGGCAGGAUCACAUGUGUCACGUGGUCACCAAAGCACGGCAGAGACGGGAACCACUCAAACCCUCCGACAUGGAGGAGGGCUUCCUUGAGUUUGAGGAGAUGUUCCAGCCAUAUGUGAAGUACUGUAUGGAGGAGGAAGCCUGUGUUGCAUACAUGAAGGACAAGUUUCGGGACAAUGAUCUCUUCAAGCAGUAUGUAGAGUGGGGAGAGAAUCAGAAGCAGUGCCAGAGACUGAAGCUAGGAGACCUGCUGGUGAAACCCAUGCAGAGAAUCACCAAGUACACACUGCUGCUCAAGGCCAUUCUCAAGAAGACAGAAGAGCCCAGCGAAAGAGAGAGUCUGGUCAGAAUGAUUGACAAAGUGGAAACGUUUGUGACCAAAGUGAACACCACCUUGCGGCAGAGACAUGAACAGCAGCGUCUUGCCAACAUCAUCGCUCGGAUCGAGUCCUACGAUGCAGUGGAGCCUGGUAGUGAUGAGGUGGACAGGCUUCUGGGAGAGUACUGCCAUAUUGACCUGACUGCUCCCAUGCCCGGUGCCGGGAUGAAGGACAAGAGGUACCUGCUGUACGAGGGAGGGAUGAAACUGAAGGAUGGGAAGGAUAGUAAGGUCGACGUGUACGGCUUCCUCUUCACCGACAUGCUGCUCAUCACCAAGCCCAUCAAACGGGGAAGCGAGAAGUUCAAAGUCAUCAAACAACCCAUGAUCAUGGACCGUAUCGAGUUGAAAGAACUGAAGGAUCCCGGGAGUUUCCUGCUGGUGUAUCUGAACGAGUAUAAACUGGCGACGGCGGCGUACAUGAUGCAGGCUGGGACGCCAGGACAGGGGAAGACGUGGAUCGAGGCGAUUAGGAACGCCCGCAAGAACUACGAGACUCUGUGCCUCCGGACCAAGUGUGCGCGUACAGACACUAUGACCUUAGUCACAAGCACUGAGGAGGAGAACGUGUACAACGUGGAGUCUGAUUCGGACGAGUUCGAUUUCCAGCUCAUACCGGAAUCCCCCCCGUCGAAGGCUAAACGGAACAGCCUCACGCCCAAUGCAGAGGUCACCAACCCCAGUGUGGUGGUGACAGGUACCGAUGUAGACAUCCCGGACUCUGACACAGUGGAGACUGCAGUCACACGCCCUCAGGACCUGCCCAUGGACACUCACCAAGAGAUUCCCUCUAUACCGUCUCCAACAUCCCCAGUUCGCAGACGACCUCCUGUAUCGAAAAAGCCCAGCAUUUCGCCCAGAAGUGUGCCCAGUAUCCAGGAGUGUGAGGCACAGAGUGCUGAAUACGCGAUGUACCCAUCGGCAGAAAGUGCUGCAGAGAUGAAGAUACACCUAAGAGGGUCAGAAGUGUUGCCCAACUCACCACCGAAUCCUAAGAUCCCCUUUACAAAGGAGCUGAGAUCCGGUACGGACAGUAUAGGCAGGCCUCCCACAACAUCAGGACGGAGAUCACUUCCCUCUGCACAGUUCUUCCCUGACGAAGCCACAAACCCAACCGGGGCUAUGCAGUACAUACAGCAAAGUGCAAACCAUUCAGAACUGAAAACGUACACGACGAUCGGGACGAUACGACAGGUGCAGGGACGAAGCAGCUCAGUCCGGUACACGGAGGAAGAGAAGGCGGAUGUCCAGGUGGACGUCAGACGCAGCAGUAGCGACUCAAGAGUCGACCCACGGACCAGAAUGAAAGACAAGUCCAAGUCUACGUCUGAUCUCAGCCAUACAUUAGAGAGUGCAGAGGAGGAGUAUGUGGACAAUAACGCCAACAUGCACUCAGACUCACAUAUAAGGGCUUCUCAAACAAUGGGGGACUUGAAGGAUGGGAUUGCAUCAGUACCGGCACCAGUGGCGCCGGCAAGAACCAGACGGAAGUGGUCCAGAGAGGAGCUGGCACGCAUCAAAAGAGAUCUCUUCAUGAGCACAACAGUCACGGCAUCUGCAGUACAGAUGUAUAAGCAAGCCCAGCCUGUCCGUACCCCACGCACGGGGUCCGGCAACGGACGAACCAGCGGACAGCCGCCCCAGUGUCCUCCUAUCCCUCGGCGUGGCGCAAGUUGCCGUGCCCGUCAUGACAACGACGCUGGAGUUAAGUUGCCAGAAGGACUGGGAGCGUCUACAGACACAGACAUGUACGAGGAAGCCGAAGCUGUGAAGCCACAGAGGCUAGCGCCAAAGUCACACCCAGAUGCACAAGACCCAUCGACUAAAGGCACUGAGCGCCAUGGUGCAGCGAGCGUCUACCGCGGGGUCUGUGCUUUCCUCCGCGCCCACCGCUGCAGCAUGGCUGCCACCCUGGCAGUGAUAGUCACACAGGUCACAGUGGGACUUGUCCUUAUGAUGCUAAUCAAUCACCAGCUCCACAAAGAUGCUGAGGUAAGUACCGUCUUUCACAAAACCUAUUUUCUUACAAAUCCUUUAAACACGUUGCAAACAGUGUUUCUUAAUGCAGAAGUGUCAACUUCGUUGGUCCCGACGCAGAGCACGUGUGUAUUGGUGGGGGUGGCUAUUGGAGGGAAGGUAAACCUACGCAGUGCGGGGAUUACGCCUCCAAAGACAGCAAUGGUUAUGCCGAGCGUCAAGAAAGACGGACAACUAACGGAGGAGCAACUCAAACUUUUCUAUGAGGAGGGUUUUGUCGUCGUGAGAGAUUUCUUCACACCAGAGGAACUCCAACCCGUCCGCGAUGCCAUCGCCUUCCUCAUGGACGACUUGGCUGACAGAAUGUUUGACGCCGGCUUGAUCAAAAAUAAUGCUUACUUCGCCCCGGAACUGCUGGGCACGUUUGUGGGUACGGCGUGGAUCCCUUUCCUGGACGUGAACGCUGGGAACGGGUGCAUGCAGAUGGUGAAGCACGGACACCGCAAGGGCAUCACCGCCAAACACGUGUGCUGCAUGGGAGGGACCUGGUACGUCGAGAUGGUUGAAGGGGAGCUGCAAAACACUCUGGGUUGCGACAUAGAGAAGGAUGUUGUGACGUGUGAGAUCAACUACGGGAGCGUCAUCUUCUUCAACAACGCCACCCCUCACCGAAGCCUGCCGAACGUCUCCAAUGAGGUUCGCUGGAGCCUGGACCUGCGCUGGAUGGACCCCGCCAAACCCGUGGGCAUCUGGGGGCUGAAGGACUGUCUGCCCAUGCGCUCGGCCAAGAACCCGGACAUGAAGAUCGAAUGGGAGGCUUUUGAAGCCGUGGAUCGCAACAAACAACAGCAAAGGAGCAUGGAAAACGAAGCAGGUGCCGAGGACGACUUUGACACUACCAUCCAGGGUCCGUGGAUGAAGAGAUGGGAGAUUGUCAACCACAACAAGCACACCGAGGCCUACUACUCCGCCAAGUAUACAGGAAAUCCUCCUCGUUUGGCUCUCAAAGAGAAAAGGGCAGCAAACAUGUCGGAAAUGGAAGAGGAUCGUGCGCCAAAACAUGAGGCUAACAAAGGAGAAGAGCUCCACAGCGACAGUGAUGAUGAGGCACCCGACGACGUGUCAUUCACCACAAGUCGCCAGGUGGCGCUACAGGCCAUGAAAACUGCCAUCCAGGAAACCAAGAAGUCAGAGGAAGCAGCGAAGGAGAAAAGGAAGAAGAAAGACGAACUCUUCAAGCAGCAGAAGAAACAGAAGAUUCAGCCCCUCCCACUUGAUGUGCUGAAGGAAGUAGAAGCAGCCAGAACCAGAGAGCUUGAGAUGAAGACACAGUUGAAGCAGCAGAAGUCAGAGACUAAAGCAAGCCAAGCUGUACAGAGAAGAAGAAACAAGCCUGCCAGAGCAGUAGGGGAAGGUUAUGAAGCAGUAGUACUAGAUGAGGAGGUACAGAAAGUCAGACCAAAGUCAGAAACAGCUGCACAGUUCCUACAGAAGCAGCUGUACGGAACCAGGAUCCGGAGAGAACCGGUUGGGACCAGUCUGGCAGCACAGAACAAACACAGCCACAAACCUGCAGCACACUUUACAGUCCAAGAAGAGAAAGAACAGAAAAAGACCAAGAAGAAGAGUAAAAAGGACUCCCAAUACUGGAUGAAGAAAAGAACAUUCAAGAAGGAAAGAAGAGUGAAGGAAGCUAUAGAAAGAAAGCUUCUCCUUAAGAUGGAGAGAAGGGCUCAGAAAAGGAAGCUAAGAGGUCCUGCAGAUGGUAUUGACCCACUGAAAGAACUUUAAUAUAACCAAGGAGGUUUAGUUCAUAUAUUGAUAUCACUCAUUCAUAACUUAUGUAAAGCUUAAUGGCAUAUUUCCUGUCCAUUUCAUUACACUGUUUUCAAUCUACAGCCUGAUCAUGUCAAUAAAAUGUGCAGCAUUGUUUGACAUAACAUAUGAAAUAUCAUAAACCCAACAUUACAACAUUC